AUGAACGUUCUAGUAUUUAAUGGUACUGGAGCUUCUGCUAGUUCUGUUAAGCAUACAGUGGAAACAUUACGUAGGUUUUUAGAACCAUAUUAUGCUGUUAAUACUGUAUCUAUUAAGGCAUUGGAAUCUGAACCUUGGACGUUUAAGGCUUCUGCAAUUGUAUUUCCAGGUGGAGCUGACCUUCCAUACGUUAAAAAUUGUAAAAAUGUCAUCCCAAAAAUUAGAAACUUUAUAGAAAGCGGUGGUAUUUAUAUUGGUUUCUGUGCAGGCGGUUAUUUUGGUAGUUCACGUUGUGAAUUUUCACAAGGUGAUCCUCUCUUAGAAAUUACAGGCAAUAGAGAACUUGCUUUAUUCCCAGGCAUAGCUAGAGGUCCUGCUUUUAAAGGUUUCCAAUACAAUAGUGAACUUGGUACAAAGGCUGCCACUUUAAAACUAAAAGAUGGUUCUGCAUUUAAGUCCUAUUUCAACGGUGGCCCAACUUUUGUUGAUGCAGAGAAUUAUAACAAUGUUGAAGUUCUCGCUUAUUUCCAAGAACCAACAGAUGUGUCAAGUUCAGAUAUUAAUUCAACAAAUGAUUUAAAUGAAGGUAAUACUGUGAAUGCUGCUGCUGUAGUGUUAUGUGAAGUCGGUAAGGGUAAAGCAUUAUUGACAGGACCACAUCCUGAAUUUAAUCCUGAAUAUCUAGAGAAAUCAGAAAGUAGAGAAUUUAUCAAAGAUGUUAUUAAAGAGUUAAAGGAUAAUGAAAAGGAAAGAUUAAAAUUUAUGAAAUUCAUCCUUACAUCAGCGGGUUUAAAAUGCAGUGAUCAUGAUGAAACUCAACCUCUUCCUACUCUGAAGCCAUUAUUUGCUUCCUCUUCUAGUAAUAGACACCAUUACUUGACUAGAUUUAAGGAAGCUUUGAUAGAACAUGGGUCUGAAGAUACAAAGAUCUAUCCACAAAGUGGCAUUGAAUUUGAUGGUGGUGAAAAUAAGAUAAUGAUAUUUGAAGGUUUCAAUAAAAAUUAUAGGCAUUUGUCAGAUUUGAUGAGCAAGUAUGACCUUGACGAUGAAUUGAUUCAAUCAAUUAUUUUUCCUGAUCAAGGAGAGAAUUUCCCACCAAAAUCAUACACACCUCACUUCAAUACUGAGAUAUACUUUGAAAAUUUGAAAACAAACUCGGUAGGGUCUAUUUGUCUCUAUGGUGAAGUAGUUACUUCAACAAGUACCCUUUUAAAUGCUAACAGGCUUUUGUUAUCAAACAUACCAAAUAACAGUCUUCUUCAUGUAGGAACAAUCCAGUUAUCAGGUAGGGGAAGAGGAGGCAACAGUUGGGUUAAUCCAGUAGGUGUAUGCGCCUCGACAGCGGUCAUCAACAUCCCAACUGUUUCUCGGUUUACUAACAAGCCUAUAUCGGUCGUGUUUGUCCAAUAUUUAGCAAUCCUAGCAUAUUGUAAAGCAAUUAUCUCUUAUGAUUCUGGCUUUGAGGAUAUACCAAUUAAGAUUAAAUGGCCAAAUGAUAUUUAUAUUUUAAGUCCAAAUUACUACUCUCAAAAGAAAAUGCACAUUUUAGGCAGAGGUAUGGAAUCUAGAGUAGUUCCUUUAACUGAAAUUGAGCCUGCGUAUGUUAAAGUAGCAGGUAUGUUAGUUAAUACUAAUUACAUUAAUAAUGGAUAUUCAGUAUUGCUGGGAUGUGGUUUGAACAUAAAUACUGAAGGGCCAACUACUUCUUUGAUGAGAUGGGUAAAUUUAUUGAAUGAAGAACGUAAAGCUCAGAAUCUUGCUCCACUGCCAGAAAUAAAAACUGAAAAAUUAUUGGCACUGUACAUGAAUCAUCUAGAAGUAUUGUUAGAAACUUACGAAAGAUAUGGUUCAUCGGCAAUACUUGAAGAUUACUAUAAAUUCUGGCUGCAUACCAAUCAAUUAGUGACACUAUCUGAUCAUCAGAAUGUAAAAGCCAUUAUUUCUGGUAUCACUAGUGAUUAUGGUUUAUUGAUAGCAAAAGAGUGUGUUCAAGGAUCUGAAACAGAAUUCACUAGUACAGUUUAUAACUUGCAACCCGAUGGUAAUUCCUUUGAUAUCUUUAAAGGUCUCAUCUCCAAAAAAGUUCUUUAA